UUGCGGAUAACGUUGUUGGCAUUGAUCCACGUUUUUGGCGCGAUUAAAGGCCGUUCUAAAAAUAAUAAUUUCGAAGGUGCGUUUAUUUAGACGCGAAACGGCAAAAAUCUUGUUGCUAAAUCAGCUCUUUAAUUUGAUUCAGUUUAGGUGGUCUCCGAAAAAACCGCUAAAUAAUCAAAUAUUCCCCACCACGUUUUUGACGUUUUUCCCUUCUCCUUGCCGUCUUAUUGGUUUUUGGGGCCGCGGUGCGCGUGUGAUGACCGUUUAUCGAUCCGGUACCUUUAAAUAAUUUAAAGUAAAAAACCCCAACUUCAUCAAAAGUGUCUUUUCAACUGAGAACAAAAAGUUUUCACCAUGAAUUUGAUGUUUAGAAAGAAUUUUAAGGAACAAAAAGGUUUUGGGGGGAAGAGCGCCCUUUCAAAGAGUUCCAGCCGUCAUACUAAUAAAAGAAGCAAUCGAGAAUCAGGUUAUACACCGAUAGAGGAACACCAUUAUAGGACCCACUUGUUUUUUAGCCCAAGAUGCACGUAUACAUUAGAUGAAUCAGAAGAACCUCGUUGUGGACCAAUGACUGGCCUUUCAGAUCAAACAACCCCUUUACAAAGUUAUAACUCCGGCUUAACAGGAACGGAAUCAGAUUAUCAUCAACCGUUGGUUGUACGAAGCCCUUCGGUUUCACUUAUUAAAUGGCCAUCACCAAAAAAUACACCUACAAGACAAGUUAGCUUUAAUUAUUCCGAACAAAAUAACAAUAAUGAACCAUCAAGGAAUUUAUCGGGAUUGGAUCGAGAUUGUUUCAUCAUUCCAGUACACAGUUUGGAACGAUUUUUACCCGCGGGAGUACCAAUACCAAAACCGAACGCAAAUCAACGUGAAAGAAACUCGAUUCAUGUAAUGGAAGUUCCAGAUCCAAAAUUGUGUGUCUUAUGCCAUUUAAUGAGCCCCUUGGAACCGAUCGACCCAAUGAUGGAGUCACCUUUAUGUCAACCUUUAUUGAAACAACGGGUUGCUGCCGGGGAAUUAAUUAGCGAAAUUGCACAAGCUAAAACUGCCGUUACCGGAAUGUUGUUGGCUAAUAUGGAAAGAAAUGCUGAAUUUCCUUUUAUAUCUUAUUACGUCAUAAAUAGCGCGCAAACGAAUCCAGUUUUAUUUUAUAAUAAUUUAAGAUCGGCUAGUUUAUCUAAAUUUGAUCCGAGACAUACUAAAUACACAGCGGCUCAUACUUUGGAUUUAUAUAGCGAGGUUGCUUCGAUAUGUCGACCCCCAAUUAACGAAUCAGGCACAAAUUUUACUCGAAUUAAUACUCCAAGUACCGGUUACGUCAUCAGCGUUUAUAAAGUAUUUGAAGGCGACGAUAGAGAAGUUUUUGAAAGAAAUUGGUUGUAUUGGACGGGGGCCCGGAUGAUUUACCGUUAUUUACCACCCCACGCAGGGCUUAAAAAGAUUUCUUUGCACAAAUCGGUCAGCCCAAAAGGUGAUAAAAUGUAUAUUUUAUUAUGCGAGUGUUCGAACUUAUUGAACGAUGUUACAGUUUGUGCACUUUUAUUACCCGCGCUUAGAGCAAGGUUAACAGGUUAUACCGGAUUAUUUAGACCCAUACAAGCGUUUUGAAGAGAAUGAAUUUAAAAAAUAAAAAAACUGCCACAAAAAAGAUAGAUUUGCAUAUCCACAAAUUACACAAAAAAGAAAUAGAUUUAAAUGUCAAAAAAUUGAAUUAAAUGAAACCAAAACACACAUUCACUGUGAUAUAUUCAAAAUUGAAUGCCUUUUUACCUCAUAUGCCUUGUGAAUAAUACCUUUUAAAAAAAAAUUUACCUUAAAAAGUGAAUAAAUAUAGAUAAAUACCA